AUGAUCCCUUGGGAGCACUUGGUAGGGUCCCUCGGGACGUCGCUGCUCCUGGAAGGGUCCAUGGUGGCGCCACAGUUCCAGGGAGGGGUCCCUGUUGGCGAGGUCGCUCUUGGGAGGGUACCCGGGAGCGCCGCCGUCCCUAGAAAGGUCCCUGGGGCGUCGCCGCCCCUGGCAUGGCCCCUGGGGGCGCCAAACUACCUGGGAGGGCCCAUGGGAGCGCCGCUGUCCCUAGGACAGCCCCUGGGGGCGCCGCCUUCCCUCGGAGGGCCUCUGGGAGUGCCUCUGUCCCUGGGAGAACUCCUGUUGGUCGCAGAGCCCCUCGGAGGGCCAUUGGGGAUGCAGCAACCUCUGAGUGGGCUCCUGGGGCGUUUCCGACCCUGGGUGGGCCACUGCUAUCCCUGUGACAGCCUCUGGGGAUCGGCCGUCCAUGGAAAGGCUCCUGGGAGAGUGCCAGUGCCCCUUGCUGGUCCCCUGGGAGGGCGGGUGUCAUGGGGAGUAGCCCCGGUGGUGUCACUGUCCCUGGCAUGGCUUCUGGAAGCACCAAUGCCCAUGAGGGGGACCCUGAGAGCAACGCCUUUCCUGUUACGAACCUUAGGACCACCGCUGUCCCAGAGCGAGUUCAUGGGAUGUGUCCCUAGGGGCGCCACCGCCCUGGGAUGGUCCCUGGGGGCACCACCGUCCCUGGCAGGGUCCCAGGGGUCACUGUCGCCAAUGAAAGGGCCCCUGGGAGCGACAGAGCAGUAG